GAGACAACGUGACCUCCUCUCCACACUGUGUACAGUGCAUGGACGGCGUAAUAUGCUAUGCAUAUGCAAUUAAUUGCCUGUUAUGGACAAGUCACACGGCGCAACGGAAUUUUCUACUUUAAAGACAGUCUGAAAUAGGCAAAAUCCUCCCUGUACGGUUUGUUGUUCUUGCGUCUCUUCCGGUUGCUGCAGCUAGUUGUACAUACGCCCGAUACCGUUGUUUUGCCAUGUUAGGACGACUCUUGAAUACACUAUGUGUGAACGAACUAUGGAAAAACACAAGUUUUGUGAUAUCCCGUGUCAUCAAGUAUGAAGCUACCAGGGUUUCACCACUACUUUGUUCCUGCUAUCCUCAAUAUGUCCUCAGUCGUCCCUUCAAUACUGGGAGUCCAAGGAAACAGGAGAAAAUUGACUUGGACAAAUGGAAAUUAGUGAUGAAGUCCCAAGCUUCAUCGACUGAGAAAGAAGAUGAUGAGGAUGCAAGUGAUGAUGAGAAAAUGCCUGGAGAAGGCCUGAACAGUCUGGAGGCAACACGGGAGAUGAUUGUAUUGUGGCGUCUAUCUCGUAGACUGGUACCCGAAGAGAUGACUGAUGAAGAGUUAAAGAUUGUGGCAGACCUCACUACAAAGUCUGCUAGAAAAAAGUACUUGAAGUACUUGGCCAUCAAAGAAGGUCAUAAAAGAGCACGUAAGGAGAAGCAGCAGAAGAAGGCGGAGGUGAGGGCAGCCUCGCUGGAGAAUAAAGAACAAGAUGGGGACCAGAAAGAAUAUAAAAACACAUUCCUUCUCCAGUUCUGGGGACGGAGCUCAGACCGUCUGUUCGGCUGGAGGAGCGCCCAGGCCAUGGUGUUUGAUCAGCCUCUUGUCUUUGACAUGAGCUACGAGUCCAACAUGUCCAGGCGGGAGAUUGAAAACACCGUCUCCCAGCUUAUGGAACUGGAAGGGUGGAACAGACGUGCCAAUGAGCCUUACCACCUACACUUUUGUAACCUCCAGCCGGAUGGAGCUUACAUGAAGGAGCUCCUCAAGCGCUAUGGUGCAGACGCCUGGGAGCGGUUGCUCAUCACCAACACAGACCGCCAGGCAGUGGACCUCUUUCCUCGUGAUCGGCUUGUUUACCUCACCGCAGAUUCUCCCAAUGUUCUUCGCACCUUUGACCAUUCUAAAGUCUACAUCAUUGGCGCUCUAGUGGACAGGUCCAUACUCUCUGGUGUGUCACUGGCCAACGCCAAGCGUCAAAAGUUGGCCACAGCCAGACUACCACUGGAUGAGUUCCUUCACUGGGGACUUGGAGCCAAAAACCUGACCCUGGACCAGAUGAUUCGCAUCAUGAUUACCAUCAAGGAAACAGGGAAAUGGAAGGAGGCUCUGAAAUUUGUGCCAAAGAGGAAGCAUACCACAGAUCUUGUACCAGGAGAGAAUGAAAACAGGUUUUCAAAAUUCCAAGGACAAAAACAUACAAAGACUUUUCACGUUGAGGAGCAAAAUGCAUAUAAAUCCCACAGAGAGUCUGGGUCGACUUGGACAGACAAAGCAUCUGGACCACCACGAAUCAGAGAAAAAACAGCUGCACCCAGAGUACGGACAUCUCUCAAGACCAGCUUGGAGGAGAGACGUGAAAGCAAAAGCAAGAUGUGGUGGAAUGAUCCAUGACCUGUUUAAGGACACUUGGCAUUGCAGAAAUGUCAUACUGGAGAUAAUAAAAUAUUGGAAUCAUUUCUGUAUCAAAGUUUAGCGAAAAUACUUGACACAAAUAAUUUUCAGCUGUACAAAAUGAAUGCUUUCUGUGCAAAUUAAAAACAAUACAUACUUUG